AUGGAUUUUCUAUCGAUCACGGAGAACCUCUGGCGAGUUGGACUCAUUCUACUAACUGCCACUGGAGUCUACGCCGUCAUUAAUCGGACAUUUGGAAAAUAUCUUUUGGGUAGAGUUAGGUUGUGCGGCCAAAGACACUCAACUGCCCGAACACCACCACGGUCUUUCUCUCCGGACAAGAAAGCUGCAACAAGCCCAACUACCCCAUCUAGCUAUGCCGAUGUUCUCCCACCCCAACGCAGACAUGCCCUUGCAGAUAUUAAUUGUGAUCCCGUACCCGGACGCGACGUGCACGAAGAUGAAGUGCGUCGCCAUAUUCUACCCAUGAGCGCCGACUAUAGAACCAGCCCUGGCGACAAGUAUACACCUAUGGGAUUCUCAGUGGCAGAAAUCAAAGGACUUGGAGACUUUCCUGACUAUGCGGCUCUAAGUGGAGUUGCGCUUCCUAGUCCAUAUCCCGAAUUCAAUAUCGAAAAGGCACUACCUCGACCAUAUCGUCCAUUCCGGUGGGCGUAUCACCAAACUAUGUCCUUGACCAAGCUCGAGACAGACUGGUGGAUCGAGCUUGAAAGUACAUACAAGAACCGCAUUGCCCAGCGCAAAGAGCUCUACGCCAAAAAUGGCGAGGAAGUUCUCGAUGCCAUGCCAGGCUCCGAGCUUGCAUGCAAGGAGUUAAUGGAAAUGGUCUUGCAAUUUAUCUGCGCCCGAUACCCGCAGUACUUCACCCUGGUUGACAAGCGAGUACUGCAGAACAAGAUCCUCGGUACCGAGCAGGAUGUCACAGCCAUGCCCCCUCUCGAAGUCCUUCUCGAGAAUGUCCCAGAGGACUUCGCAAUCAUGCUUCGGGACGAAAAGACGGGGUUUUACUUCCUGCGUGCGGCGGUGAUCUGCUCCGCGCUAGGGUGGAAUGUCGCGUCGAAGAUUGGGAAGCAGCUGCAUGAGAUCCAUGAACCGAUUCCGGAAUAUAAAGAGAAGAUGCAGUUCUCGAUGGAUCGAUUUUUCACCAAGAUGCCGACGGAAAAGCCAAUCCAGCGAGGCUCGUGGGGCCUGGAAAUUGGACAGCCAUUGUACAUGCCACCCGGGGACCCCCACGAACUGCAACGGCUAUCUCAGCGGACUGAUUUGACCAUUGAUGAGUGUCAUCUGCGGGUGGACUGGCAGACUCUCAGACGUCUGCCCUUGUCUGGUGCAGUUAUUUUCAAUUUCAAGGGGCUUUUUACUGCAGUUACAGAAUUUCGUGAUGAACCUGGCGUACCGGGCUUGGUGAGGAAGGUUGUUACAGAGGGAAAGAAAAACCUCAUGGAUUACAAGGGUGUUUGGCAUGUGCAGCAUGUUGUGCUUCCUAAGUUGGAGGAAUGGGCCGAGGAGCAGAAGGAUAAUGGGUUAGUCCCGAAAGAUUGGGAAGUAUCUACUUUGGAUGAUAAUCCGUGGUUUAUGGGUUGGCAGGAGAAGUGGCAUCGGCAGCAAGGAUUCUAG